UUGAUGUGUUGUCGUGGCCCACCUUUAAUUAGAUGAAAUGACGUGUUGGUGGGGCCACAGGCCACUGAAUUACAUCUAAGGCCAUGAUUUUCCAUUUUAGCCCUGCGUUGAGUAUGACUGUCGUAGCAAAAGUGAACUCAGUGAUGACUGAUGAACAGACUGGACUUCAGAUUACCGCCGGAGCACGAGGAGACGAAAGAUAGAUUAGAAAGAGAAAGAGAGUGGGAGCGCUUUUGAUCGAUCGAUGGCAGAAUUUCAAUUUCUCUUCUUUAUAUCGAUUGAUUCUCUUUCACAUUCAACCCGGUCCAGGGAUCACAACAUCUUAUUUCGUCUCGCUCUCAGGUAAGCUUCUUCCUGAAUUACCUUCGAUGUAAUUUUCAAUGGUUUGAAUAAUUCAAUUAAUGGUGCCCCUUUGGAAUGAGUUGAAUCCCCCUCCAAGUUACAUCAGGUGUGGAGUUCUAAUUUCCCAAUCAAUUGCCAGUUUUACAAAAAGGAAGUGACUAUUGAAGGAUGAAUAUGGAAAUGGCCUGUCCAGAUGGCCUCCUAUCGAGUGGCAUCUGAAAUUGCUUAAUCGAUUUCAAUGGAAAUUGGAGCUUCUCAUGCCUUCCAAUUUUUAUUAAUGUGGCAGGCAAGGAAUCUGAGCUAUAUUUUCUGUACCUUGGACAUUGUUAACUUCCCAUAUUCUUAAUUACCAGUCGUCUGAUUUUGGGGUGCAUUAAAUAUACCUGAUUUUCUGUUUGUUUGGACUAUUCAUCUGUGAGAGGAUCACAUAGACUUUCUACUGGCUCCAUCUCAGUGAUAUAUUUCUUCAGAUAUACUACUUGAACCAUGUCUUCUUUGGAAAAUGAAAUGGAGCGUGGGAACUCUACUCCAAGUCUUUUGAGUAGAGAACGUUCUGAAAUGGGAAGCAGUGGUUAUUUGAUAGAGCCAGGUUUCUAUCUCACAUCUUUAGCUGCAAUAAUCUUCAUUGCAGCACUUGUAACAGUUGGGGUUUUAUUUAUAACGGUGCUGGUAGCAUUGGCUGUCAUGUUACAAUCCUGUGAAAAUAGGAAUGCUGGGGUUAUUGAGCUCAGGAAAACAAUUGAUGACUUUGAUUAUUGCAAAGCUUUUGCUCUACACGUGGAGGUUAACAACUUGGAACUGGAUGAGUUUCCAACCAUUUGUAAGACAUAUGCCAUUUGGUACUUCAGAGAAGGUCAAUAUCUGAGAGAUUUGAACUUGACCAUGCUGGUUGCUGAGAGCUACUUUAGAAAUUUGGCACCAGAGGAUGAUGGUUUGGAUGUUAUCUUGAUUGAUAUAGAUGAUAUGUUUCCCUCCAAUCCUCAUCAUACACAUCCAUUGCUGUUGAGAUCUGGACAGCAUGACAGGAAUGAUUGUGUUGGAGAGGUGAGGCAUCUGGCUCACAUACGUUAUCUAAGAUUGUUAAUGAAGCUCCAAUCUAGUGGGUGGUCCCUGAUCUUUAUAACUAGGAAGACAGAGGAACAGUGUAAUACUACCACAAAAGAACUCAUUUCUGCAGGAUAUGGAGGAUGGCCAUCUUUGAUUAUGAGAUCGGAUGAUGAGAUGCAAAUGGAUAUCUGGAAAUUCUUUUCCAAAAGAAGGGCAGAACUGCUGAAUCAAGGUUUCCGUAUUGCUAGUGUUAUUAGCUCUCGGAUGGAUGCUUUAACAGGCCCAUUCUUAGGAAAGCGUAAUUUCAAGCUCGCAAAUCCUAUAUUCUGAGGUAGAGCCUCAGAUUGAAACAGUGGAACUACAACAGAAUACAUUUGAGCAAGGUGGAAGAAGGAUUGCUCAUGUGUGUGUGUCACUGUAUGUGUGUGUGUGGGGGCGCUCUGUUUGGAUGGUAGGCACCUCAUAUCAUCUAUAACAUAUAUAAAGGAUGUUUUCAGAACCUUUUUAAUUUUGGUGGGGGAGGGGGAGGGGGUGGAUCCCCUAGCCCCUGCGUUCCACGGUGUUGACAACCUUGUCACUUAUACUGGCAGAUGACAACCUCUUGUAUAUAAUAGGUAUUUUUUAUGGCAUGAAGAAGCCAUUUGCUCAAUUUAUUCUCAUCUAUAAUAAAAUAUUGAAUUAUCGAUA